GUGCGAACAAACAGGAAGUCAAGCUCAUUUUUCAAAAGAUUUUAAAAAAAUUUAAUACAUAGUUAAUACACUUUUGAUAUAACCAUCCUUAAUUAACAUCAUCAAAAAUGGCUUUACAAGACGUUGUUACUCGUGAAUACACCAUCAACUUACACAAGAGAUUACACGGUGUCCACUUCAAGAAGAGAGCUCCAAAGGCUGUCAAGGAAAUCAAGAAGUUUGCCACUUUACACAUGGGUACCACUGAUGUCAGAUUAGAUCCAAAAUUAAACGUUCAAUUAUGGAAAAGAGGUGUUCAAGGUGUUGAAAAAAGAUUAAGAUUAAGAAUCUCUAGAAAGAGAAACGAUGAAGAAGAUGCUAAGGAAAAAUUAUUUGCCUUUGUUGAACCAGUCUUUGUUCCAACCACCAAGGGUUUACACACUGUUGUUGUUGAAGAUGAUGCUUAAAUUAGUUUGAAUUAAUUUCUUAACUACUACAUUACAGGAUCAACUUUUAGAAUUAUAAUCUUAACAUCACUACCAAUCCCCUUAUACAUUUCAUGUUCAAAUAAUAAAUAGUUCUUUGUAUACUAACUCAUCAAAAAAUACAAAUUCAUAUAAUUUAUGUUAUAU